UUGAGAGUGAUGGAUCGAUGUUUUCCGCAUCCCAAUGUAGUAGAUACAGAUUGGAUGGGGCUCGUACAAUAAUAAAUCGCACCACUUUCGUGAUCAUUCUUCUGCAGGUAUAUUAGAAACUAACAUUAAUAAUUCUUUAACAAAAAAUAAAAAAAAACGCAGUGAUCAUCUAUUUAUUUGUAUUGGGUACCUUGAUGAUUGCUUCUCUCGUCAUUUCUCUUCCUUCCAUAAUCAAAGCCUCAAACUUGAACACAAAACAAACUUCGUUUGGCUUCUCAGCAAAAAAGAUCAGAUCAUCAUCAAACGAAUAAGCUUCGGUUGGCAAAGACUCCAAUUUCUCUUCCGUUUUCUCCUUUACAAGUAUCGUUUCUGAAUCUUAGAAGCAUCCAUGGCUCCAGCUUCAAAUCCAUCUUCGUCUUCCAUUAAACCUCGAGAUGUUUGUAUAGUGGGUGUUGCGAGAACGCCCAUAGGAGGCUUUCUCGGUUCCCUCUCAUCUCUCUCAGCUACCCAGCUUGGCUCUGUUGCCAUAAAAGCCGCUCUCAGAAGGGCAGGAGUGGAGCCAUCACUAGUGCAAGAGGUGUUCUUUGGCAAUGUCCUCAGCGCAAAUUUGGGGCAAGCUCCGGCGAGGCAGGCUGCUCUUGGUGCAGGAAUACCAAAUUCUGGGAUUUGCACAACUAUUAACAAAGUUUGUUCAUCUGGGAUGAAAGCCAUAAUGAUUGCAUCACAGAGCAUUGAGCUUGGUACCAAUGAUAUAGUUGUGGCUGGUGGAAUGGAGAGUAUGUCUAAUACGCCUAAGUACCUAACAGAUGUAAGGAAUGGAUCUCGGUUAGGACAUGAUACUAUUGUUGAUGGCAUGGUCAAAGAUGGCUUGUGGGAUGUCUAUAACGACUUUGGAAUGGGAGUUUGUGGAGAGUUAUGUGCUGACCAAUAUAAAAUUUCAAGGGAAGAGCAGGAUGCUUAUGCUAUUCGGAGCUUUGAGCGAGGAGUUUCAGCACAGAAAAAUGGUCAUUUUGCAUGGGAAAUCACUCCAGUUGAAGUUCCUGGGGGACGAGGGAAGCCAUCCACAGUUGUUGACAAAGAUGAAAGUUUAGAAAAGUUUGAUGCUGCAAAAUUAAGAAAGCUCAGACCAAGUUUCAAGAAGGGGGGCACUGUAACUGCUGGCAAUGCUUCUAUCAUAAGUGAUGGUGCAGCUGCAUUUGUCCUAGUGAGUGGGGAGAAGGCACUUCAACUCAGUUUACAAGUAAUUGCUAAGAUUAAGGGGUUUGCUGAUGCAGCUCAGGCACCUGAAUUAUUUACGACUGCCCCAGCCCUUGCAAUACCAAAAGCUAUUUCAAAUGCCGGUUUGAAGGCUUCUCAAAUCGAUUACUAUGAAAUCAAUGAAGCCUUUUCCGUCGUAGCUCUUGCCAAUCAAAAGCUGCUCGGUCUUGAGCCUGAGAAACUUAAUGUACAUGGUGGGGCGGUAUCAUUGGGACACCCCUUAGGAUGCAGUGGAGCUCGUAUCUUGGUCACAUUGUUGGGGGUACUAAGACAUAAAAAUGGAAAGUACGGUGUUGGCGCCGUAUGUAAUGGGGGAGGGGGAGCUUCUUCACUUGUUCUUGAGCUCAUGUCCGUUACAAAGGUGGGACGUUCAUCAUUGUAAUGGAUUUAGUGUUUCCCGUCCUUGGAUAGAUGUUCAACCUUGCCUCCUUUUACUGUUUAAGCUUGAUUACUAGAGAGAAAAUAGAUGCAAAAGUGAAAGACAAUCUUGUAAAAACGUAUCUGUAAACGAAGGAAAAACGUUGUUGUCUGUUUUACAUAUCACGCCUUCAGCGUCGAUGUUCUUCGUCCUCCCUACACUUGUGGUGUUAAUGGAUUAAUUUGCGCCUCCAUAUACAAACUGGCAUUUGCA